AUGGCGUCUACCCCUUUCCGCUUCUUGGAUCUCCCUCCCGAACUUAGGAAUUCUAUUUAUGAUCUUGUUCUCUGUACUUUGUCACCUCCUGAGCCAAGAUUGACCAGAGUGAACCAGGACCUCGAGUCCUACACUCCGUUCCUUCCACUCCUAAGACGCUACGAGUUCGACAUCGCACUCCUCCUUGUUAGCCGACAAGUAUCACAGGAAGCUCUUGAUGUCCUGCUAAAAUACCACCUCUUCAUCCGCGUGGUCACUCAUGGCGUUAACUUGUGCCACCUCCUAUCUGUCUGGGAUAUCCCUAUCGUAGCUAUCGGCAAAUCAACUAUCAGAAACUUCAAAGGCUUUGUGAUGAGCUAUUCUAUCAAGAUCAAAGAUGCUAGCCCAGUCCCAAAGAACCACUUAAUAGUUCUUCAGAAGGAUUUCGACUUGUUAUGUGAAGCUCUCCACUGGCUCGAACCUUCCCCCGAGAGUUUUGAGCAUCGUGCCGUUCUUUGCAACCCGUUCAAAAACACCUCAUCCUCCGGUUACUUGGGUGUUGCGAAGCAAGAGCUCCUUGUCCAGCCCUACCGAAAACUCAUUGGAAUCGGUUCCUUCAAGCUAGUAGGCAACAUUUGCCCAGCUUUAGCUAGGGAUGUCACACAAGAGGUCGAAAGAGAACCCCAUCUCCAUCCCGACCCGUGGCAUUUAUGGGACGUUCUCCACGCAGCGAAAAUAUGGGGAGACGAUCUCUUCAUGAGCGGCGAGUAUAUUGAGGCUUUGAAGACGUGGAAAAAAUUCACAAUGUCCAUGAAUGGUCUUGCUGGUAGUCCUAUAUGGCAGCAAAUAAAAGCUACUGGAGAUCCUAGUGAUGCGCCUUAUCAUAUUGCUGAUGUCGUGUUCUAUCUCCACCUAAAGCAGGUUGCCGGUAUUAUAGUCAUCAUGGAAAUAUUGAAAAGCCAGGGUAACUUAGACGAAGCUCGGGAGUAUUGGCCCAUUCUGCUUGAAGCACUGAGUGGAUCAUUCUUUGCAGUCGACAAACUAGACACAAAUUGGACCCCCCUACCCAAUCACAGUGGCGAGAGAUUCUUUCGCCUCGCAUCGGCCUACCGUGUCCUAGAAUGCAAUUCUGACGUUGCUCAUGACUGCAUCAGGAUUGCGGAGUUCUAUUUGCCCGGAAAUCAGGAUAUCCUAGCUGAGAAAGCAAGAAUUGAUGCGUGGAUAGCAGAGGAAGAGGGAGAGGCGGAGGAGGAGGCGGAGGAAGAGACAUAGCCGUUUUUUACUGACUAUAGUAAAUCGGAAUGGGCGAUUGCGUUACGUUGCUUGUACAAUAAUAGUCAAGUCUGUUACGUAGGUAGCUUGCCAUAUGCAUACCGUGCUCAAGUUCAUGAGUCUUG